AUGUUGGAUUCGAUAGAUAAGACCAUAGUCGCAGUAAUGAAUGGUGACAUCAUCGAUGAAUGUGAUGAUUCGACUGGAAUAAGUGUCCCGAACGAUAAUACGCACUUUGCGGAAACACAGCAAACGCAAAACAAUGAGCUACAAGAUGCAUUGAAUGGUAUCCUUGAUAAUUUGAUUGGUGAGCAAAAUCGAUGGACUAUUUCAUUAUAUCUGCCGAUGAGGCAAUGUGGUCAUCGAAGCAGACAAUCGACCAGCAGUCUGAAUGAAACCGAAACGAGAACAGUUGAUUCUUCUGACGAUCGACAUCAUCUACUUGGGAAGCGUCGCAAAAUUUCGUUGGGCUCGAGCGAUAAAGGAAAUGAGCAGUUGUAUCCAGUCGCAAAACGGAGUCACUCAAAACCCGAGAAACAUGUCAAGUUUGAUGAUCCAGUUCCACACUUUAUAAUAUCACCGAUAACAUCGCCAUUCUGCAAGUCGUCGAAUCAGUCGCGUUUUCAAGCAUCGUUGGAAGACGAGAUCUCAUCUUAUGAUCAGUCAUUCGCUGAGCAAAUUCCAUCUGAAUCCGAGAUUGAAACAGCGACCACAUCAACGAGUGAGUGCAUAAGUUCUCUGUCUACAGACGAAUUGAGGUUUGUUGAUGAGUUACAGAGGGAAUGCUUCAGUGAUGCUAUUCUCGACGUACAAAGGUUGCUCACCUCCGCAGCUCAGUUGCAUUCAUCCAGCAUUGAAAAUCACGAUGAAUGUGCAAUGGAUAAUGCGAAUCAGAAAAUGCAACAAGCUGAUCAAAUGACUGAAGAGGAAAUACGUAACGAUCUAAAGCAUGAUGCAGUUGAUAAUGCUCAGGAGUGCUAUCAAGAUAUCCCGGCAGAACACUCGUAUUUCUAUGAAUCGUACAGCCCUUGCAGUGAAGCUGGCACGAAGCUUGACAGCGGAUUGGACGCUAACGGAAUUGAAAUAUCUUAUCAAUCGGAACUUGAGAACAAUGGGGCGGUACGUGAACUGAAUGGGAAUAUUGGAGAAGAACAGAAAAAAGGAGCGUCAAGUGUAUCGAACAGAGCAGAUGAUGAAUUGCAGAAUGCUUCGGAAAGUGAACAGAGACAUUCGAUCGUAUCCGCCGAAAAAUUGAUCUCGGAUUCGGUGAAGAAGCGGGAUGGAACAUUGGAAGAGUUGAAAGUUCAUGAGAAUUCCGUUUCAAAUUUGCGCUCAUCAAACGGAAUGCAAACUGAGCAACAGAAUGGAUCAAAUGUGGAAGCGAAUCAUUCAAAACAAUCAUGUGACUCUCACGAGAACGUUAAGCGGAAAUCCGAAAUGGAGCAAACGAAUUCCUGCUUGGACGCAGUCAAUAAAGGUGCAAUGAAAGUGUAUGACGACAACUCAAGAGAAUCUGAAGAAGAUUCGACGAUUUUUUUAAUAUGUCACACAGACGAAGUGCACCAUCCGCAUGGUGUUUAUGCCGAACAGUCUCACAACAAUGAGCCCCUCAGGCCGUCUUUAACAUUCUACGAAACAAAGUUCACCACUUCAGUUAAUGACACGACUUCUCAAGCGAUUCUCAUUUCGCCUCGUCAGCUUAACUCCGCUGACACCGGCAGCCAACAAAGUAGUGCGCAGAUAUCUUUGCCCCUCGUAAUGAAAAGUUCCGAUGUUAACCAUCAAGUCACUAAUGAACCACCGAUUCAAGGUUUGGCUGAGAUCAGUUCUCAGCGAACGUCAUUACUCUCCUCUGUUUCAGAUACUUCUUACAGAACAUCUGAAAUUUCAUCCCUCACUGACGCUCUAUCAUCAACGUCUAGCGAUCGUGAGGCAUUCGUCGUACCACAACCAGAUGAUAAUAAUAAUAAUGUGAAUGUUAAUAAACAAACCACGCCAUAUUUAAGUGUUAAAGAACGUAUCGCAAUAAGAGAGGAACAAAUCCAGCAAUCAAUGAAGCCAAAACCGUUGAUUCUAAACAGCAGUGCACGAAUCCGUCAUCGAACAUUCUCAUUGGAUUCCAGUCUUAUAAACGACACUCAACGACCACAAACUUCAGAAAGCAUUUCAGAACCUUCGAAGUCGACCGAUGAACUGGAAUGCGGUCGUCUCAGCGUGCAUGAAAUGAUUUUACUGCAUGAACGUCAACUACACGCAAUCGAAGAUCAGUCGAAACAAAGAGCNCCACAUCGAAGCAAUACCCAAUGA